AUGAAUUGGAAGCGAAUUGUCUUUGCGGUGGUGUUGUCAUCCAUCAUCAAUGUCAGUGACCAGUUUUUUGGAAGUGAUGAUCACUCUUAUCAACUACUUGAUCAUCUUUCUGAAUCAGAAAAGCUAUUUCUCUUGGGCGCCAACCACGAAAAUGCUAAGUUCGAGAUAGCUCAUCUAAAACGACCGAAACGUCGUAAAAGAUCAUUAUCACAUGAAAGUGUAGACUUGACCGCACUGAAACAGCAUCUGAAUAUAAGUCUCAGUGCCAAGAAUAGUUUCCUAGACCCUCAGUUCCUACUAUUGAAGAGAUGGUCAAACGGCACGGAAGUUCUGUUUGACCAACAUGCGGAUAAGGAAUUGGAUUUAUGUUAUUAUACGAGUGAGAAUGCUGCUUUGUAUGCGUGUGAAGAUGUGAGAGGUCUUAUUAAAGCAAAUGAUAGUUACUAUUUUAUACAUCCACUGCCAGAAAGAUUCCACAACGAAGAUGCAAAACCUCAUAUUAUUAUAAAACGUUCUCUUACGGAAAAUAGUUACAAUAUCAAUGAUGAAAACAAAGAUGUGUGUAUAGAAAGUCAUAGCACACAUUUAUCGUCAUCACCUGAACAUAUAACAAAUUGGACGAAACAUAGAAGAAAAAGAGAAAUAAAACCAGAAACAUAUAUAGGUGAAAAUCAUAGCUUAAAUAAAUUUAAAUUAAAUUUAGCUCAUAGGAAUAAAACUAUAGAUGACUUUGUUGGCAAAUUAGUCAUAGAGGAAAGCCGACAAAAGAGAGCCGUGCUGCCAGCGAUAUUCGUCGAAACAGCAGUGUUUGUGGAUAGGGAUUUGUACAAACAUAUGACAGUCAAUUUUCCUAAGGAAACGGAGAGAGAAUUAGUUAGAUUUGUUUUAGCAAUGAUCAAUGCUGUACAAUUAAUUUACCACGAUCCAAGCUUAGGAAGACCUGUGAAUUUUAUUCUUAAGAGGCUUGAAAUUCUUCAUGAAGACCCUGCAAAUUUAAAAAGGCCACAUGAUAUUGAUAGGUUUCUCAGUAACUUCUGCACUUGGCAAAGGUUAGAGAAUCCUCCAGGUGAUACAGAUCCAUUGCAUUGGGACCACGCGUUAAUAUUAACGGGACUUGAUUUGUACGUCGUCAAUAAAAAUGGCAAAGUGAGCAGUCAAGUUGUAGGUUUGGCACCUGUAGCCGGUAUGUGCACUGUGACAAGUAGUUGCACAGUCAACGAAGGACGACAUUUUGAAAGUGUUUAUGUUGUAGCACAUGAAAUUGGACACAAUCUGGGUAUGCGACACGACGGUCCUUUAGCUGAUAAUGGCUGUGAUCCUAGCGCUUACAUCAUGAGCCCUACACUAGGUAGUGGCAAGAUCACGUGGUCACAAUGUAGUAAAAAUUAUUUACAAAAGUUCCUUGAUACAGUACAAUCUAGAUGCCUUCUCGACCACGGUAACUCUGCCGGACAGUUGGAUCACAGCGCUGAAGGAAUACUCCCGGGGGAGAGAUUUGACGCUGAUCAACAGUGUAUGCUCAAAUAUGGUCGUGGUAGUCGACACUCCGGCGUACAGAACAUGGAAGAUAUUUGCAGAGAUUUGCAUUGUCAACGAGAAAGGUACACCUGGACUUCUCAUCCUGCACUUGAGGGCACCAGAUGUGGAGAGGAUAUGUACUGCCGCGGCGGAGAGUGCGUGGAGCGCGGGGGGGCGCGGUCCCUCUCGGCGCCGGCGCGCUGGGGCCGCUGGUCGCGCUGGUCCGAGUGCGCGUCCGCGUGCCUGCUGGACGAGCGCCACGCGCCCGCCGCUUCCGGCGUCGCCUUCGCCUCCCGUCGUUGCACUAGGCCGAGGCACGAAAACGGUAAAAGCUACUGUGAAGGUCAUGACAAGAAAUACCAAUCGUGUCACGCCCAACAGUGCAAAAAUGUACCAAGAAUGACGGUGAGAGAAUUCGCUGAUCAGAUAUGCUCAAGAGCUCGUGAAGUCGAUCCCGAUCUCAUUGGAACUGGUCUACAGAGAAUGGACGCUGAUGACGCGAGCGGCGCGUGCGCGGUGUGGUGCGACCGGCGCGGCGGCGGCUACCGCGCGCGCGGCUGGGCGCUGCCCGACGGCACGGCGUGCUCGCGCCGCCGCGGCCGCUACUGCAUCGCCGGCCUCUGCCGGAAAUUUACGUGCAACGAUGACGCAGAUAGUGAAUUUUCGCUGACUCCAAAGGAAUGCGAGUGGGAAGCUCUACAAGUUCAAACUGAAACUCCACACACGACUCCCAGCGGCAGGGCGGCGCCGCGGCGGCGCGCGGCGGGCUCCCCGUGGCGCGCGGGCGGCGCGUGCCACUUCCGCUGCGUGCGCGGCGCCAGCGGCCUGCGCCUCGUGCGCUCGGCGCGCGCCACUUCCAUACAGCUGUGCCGCCCGCAGGACGCCGCCGAGGUACGCCUCCACACGCCCAUCACUAGUUGCAACCAGCUAAGGUCACCAUAUCAAUACGCGACAAUGGUUUGUUCGAAAUACAAGGAAAGGGUACGAAGGCUGUCAGGACUUGGAAUGCAGAUCUCACCUGCUCUAGAGGACCCAGACCGCCCGUGUCGUAUAGCGUGUCAAGAUGAGCGUGUGUCACAUCGCUUCUAUCUCGUGAACGGUCAGGACGGCUGGUUCCCGCUGGGCACGGCUUGUGGUGAUAAUAACUCCUACUGCGUUAGCGGUAAAUGUUUGCAAUUCGGUCCGGAUGACACUCCACUAUCAGAAACAGUGUUCGCUCUCCCUCUACUGGGAAGGUCGAGACGGCGUCGAAGCUUGCAUCGCGAGAGACUUCCCGUCCGAGCAACGUUGCGACCACACCAGCUACAGCGUAUCAUUGCAGCUCUUAAUCUUAAUGGUAAGACAGACAGCAGAAUUACAUUUUUCCAAACGAUACCAGAAAACAUCGAAGUCGAUUUCUCGAAUCCAAUUCACAUUUCACCAGAAGACACUCUCCUGAGAAAGAUACCGAGACCAACUUGGGACUGAAUUUUUAAAAACUGUAUAAUUACAGAAAAAGUUAAUAAAU